CGUUGUACAUCUCCCCACUCAUCUCUGCUCCCAUCACGUCCUCCGUAUCUGUAUACCUAUCUACACUCAACGGUUUCACUAUAGCCCAUUUGGAGUGUCACCCCCUUGGUCUAGCCUUCAUGUUUAAAUCACAGUCUUUGCAAGAACAAAUAAGUGACAAAUUAAUAGUGGCAUAAUAAAAAAAUGUCUCGAGCAGAUUUAAAGAAUUGGCCUAUAUUUAGCCUGCUUGAACCAGAUUUUAUAACUCAAAUUAGUAUGGUUGCAGUUUUUGGUAUCCUUGGAAAUGAAGCAUUAAUUGUAACAAAGAAUGACAUGGUAUAUGCAUUGGGAACUAAUACGUCAGGGUGCUUAGGCACUGGCGAUUCACAUAGUACAUUGUAUCCAAAGAAAGUAGAUACUCUUUGUGAGAAACGUAUAAAAACGUUUGCUUACGACAGUGGACCUCAUGUACUGGCUCUUACACACCAAGGAGAGGUCUAUUCAUGGGGCCACAAUGCUUAUUAUGAAGUAGGAAAUGGGUCUUCGAAUCAAACACAUACACCAGCAUCAAUAUGUAUGAAUUUAAGUGAUAAAUUUGUGAUUGAUAUUGCUUGUGGUAGUCAUCAUUCUUUAGUAUUGACAGAUGAGGGUGAGGUUUAUGCAUGGGGCCAAAAUAACUGUGGUCAAGUAGGCAGUGGAAUAAGCUCAAAUCAAUGUGCACCUCGAAAAGUCAAUUCUAGUUUAUCUACGAAGAAAGUUAUUUCAAUUGCCUGUGGACAAACUUCCAGUAUAGCAGUCACAGAUAAUGGUGAUGUUUAUGCUUGGGGUUAUAAUGGCGUUGGCCAGCUUGGUAUUGGGAAUUAUGUCAAUCAGUUAAAUCCUUAUAAAGUUGCAACACUCGUAGGUGUUGUUAUAGAGAAAGUAGUUUGCGGCUAUGCACACACAAUAGCUCUUAGUGAUGAAGGAGUAUUGUAUGUUUGGGGUGGAAACACUUAUGGACAAUUAGGACUUGGAAAUAAAACAAAUACUUGUAUUCCUAUCAGACUUGAUGGGGUACCAGAAAUGGGGAGAGUGUCAGAUAUAGCAGCUUUACACUGCAAUCAUAUAAGCGUUGCUGUAGGUCAAGGCGGUCGCAUUUUUAUGUGGGGUCAGUGUCGAGGACAGUCUGUUACUCGGCCGACAGCAACACCCUUAGCCACUAUACAUGAAGCACUGGCCUGUUACGCAACUCCCAGUGUUAUGCACAAACCACUCAUCCUACAUGCAGAAGAGGAAAUAGGCAUUCUUGAUUGUUUAAAACAAGCGUUCGACGAUCCGAUUACCAGUGAUCUCACGAUACAAGUACAAGGAAAGCCAAUUCAUGUACACAAAUCAGUAUUAAAAAUUCGCUGUCAAUACUUUAGAUCGAUGUUUCAAAAACAUUGGGUGGAAAAUGACCAAAAUGUUCUUGAGCAUGAGCAGUUUUCGUAUGAUGUAUACAAAUCGUUUUUGAAAUAUCUUUACACAGAUGAAGUUGACUUGCCUCCUGAAAAUGCACUAGAACUACUAGAUUUGGCCAAUGCAUACUUCGAAACACAGUUGAAAAGACGAUGUGUGCAAAUGAUAAAGCAGGGAAUUACAGUAUUAAACGCUGCAUUUCUUUAUAGUACAGCUAUAGAAAAUAACGCACAGGAGUUGGAGGAAUUUUGUUUCAAGUUUGCGCUUAAUCAUAUGACCGAGAUUAUACAGACACCGAAUUUCGCCAAUCUCGAUGAAGCUACUUUGAAAACAUUUAUCAUAAAGGCUGCUCAGGCUGGAGCAUUUAAGACAUAAGGUAUAUUAGAUUGUAUCUAAGGAAUGAAGCUUGAUAUUAAGACAUGGGAUUAUCAAAAACAAAGGGUAGUAUAGCUCCUAUUUACCAUAUCUGUUAAUUAUAGGUAUAAUGUGUUUCAUUUACACGUCACGAUUAUUUUCUCAUUCAUUGUUAUACUAAUUAAUACUGCAUUUCCUGUAUUUUAACCAUAAAAUUUUGCUCGUAUCAAAUUCAUGUCAUCAAACUUUGCGUUACAGGAGACAUACUGAAACUACAACAAUUUUGUUUAUGCGUAACGUUUAAAUCUAGCAAGACUAACUUCAUUUAAAAAAAAGGUAUAGAUAUAUUGAUUAUAAUGUUUCUUCGUGUGAUGUGCAUAGAGUCCUAUAUGUAUGGUAGAAUUUCGAUUAACCGAGGGAAGUGCUGUGGAAGGCGCACAUUUGAACCGUUCCCAGGUCAAUCCAAUCUCAGUUAAUCAGAGUUCUACUGUAUUUUUUUUCGUUGUGAUUUCAAAAUAGCAAAACACAUAACGAUCUCAAUAACUUAAAUAAGCAUCAUUCCAGAUUUAUGACGCUGGGUCAUUAUGAAUAUUGCGUCAACAAAUGAAAAAAGUUGGCAUUGGACAAAAUUUGUUUACCUUUGUGCUCCUAAUUGUAUAACAAAGUUGAAGAUGAAAGUCCUUUCUUUAAAUAAUUGAUAUACGUAAAACUAUUUCCAUUAAACAUAGUAUAUAUUUAUAAACAAUGUUUAUGUGGUAAACUAUUCGUUAUUAUGCAAUGACGAAGUUUCAUGAAUUCAAAUGAUUGAAAUACGGUUUCAAUUGGUCCCGUUACCGCAAUUUCGUUGCGAGUAUAUUCUUCAAAUUACGUUCCAUAAUACUUUAUGAAAUUAUUUCUAUUACGCUAAGUUUUGUAAAAUAAGAAUUCGUAAUGCCAAAUGUUUAUAAGACAUCUUCGUGUCUAUAGAUUAAAUAGUUAAAUUACUGUUGCGUAUAUAAUACUUUGUCAUUUGUAAUGUAUAAGUAUAAUAAUAAAAUUUUAUAAAAAUGGCUUCAAUUGUU